CGGAAGUGGGUGUGCUGGUCCGAUAGCUGCCUGAUAUAAGAGCUCCUCUGUAGCUUUUUGACUAGCUUGGCAGAAGGUUGUUUUCCUGGUAGCAUCCUGGGGGAUUCUUGUCGCCGCUGCACAAAUCAGUCAUUACAGCGGCACAACAGCCGGAGUAUAGAUGGACCAGCAGGGCCAGUCCUAUAUGUUUGCCAGUCUGACACAGCCUCACUCCGAACAGCUGCUGCAAGGCCUUCAGCUCUUGCGGCAGGAUCAUGAACUAUGUGAUAUUGUCCUGCGUGUGGGUGAUGCCAAGAUCCAUGCCCACAAAGUAGUGUUGGCCAGCAUCAGUCCUUACUUCAAGGCCAUGUUCACCGGUAACCUGUCAGAAAAGGAGACUUCUGAGGUGGAAUUCCAGUGCAUUGAUGAGUCUGCAUUGCAGGCUAUUGUCGAGUAUGCCUACACAGGCACAGUGUUUAUCUCCCAGGAAACAGUGGAAUCCCUGCUACCGGCUGCCAACUUACUCCAGGUUAAGCUUGUACUAAAGGAAUGCUGCUCUUUCUUGGAGAGCCAGCUGGAUGCUGGGAACUGUAUAGGCAUCUCACGUUUUGCAGAGACAUAUGGCUGCCAUGACCUGUGUUUGGCUGCAACUAAGUUCAUCUGUGAGAACUUUGAAGAAGUUUGCCAGACAGAGGAAUUUUUUGAACUAACAAGGGCAGAGUUGGAUGAAAUUGUGUCUAAUGAUUGCCUCAAGGUGGUCACAGAGGAAACAGUAUUUUACGCUCUGGAAUCUUGGAUCAAAUAUGAUGUGACUGAGAGACAGCAGCAUUUGGCUCAGUUGCUGCACUGUGUUCGCCUUCCUCUGCUCAGUGUAAAAUUCCUCACUCGCUUAUAUGAAGCCAACCACCUCAUACGAGAUGACCAUGCAUGCAAGCACCUGCUCAACGAGGCCCUCAAAUAUCAUUUUAUGCCUGAACACAGGCUUUCUUAUCAGACUGUAUUGUCUGCACGGCCCAGGUGUGCGCCAAAGGUGCUGCUUGCAGUUGGAGGCAAGGCUGGCCUGUUUGCUACACUAGAAAGCAUGGAAAUGUACUUUCCUCAGACAGAUUCGUGGAUAGGACUGGCCCCGCUAAGUGUGCCCAGGUAUGAGUUUGGCGUAGCUGUGCUAGACCACAAGGUGUACGUGGUGGGAGGCAUCGCUACGCACAUGAGACAAGGAAUUAGUUAUCGAAGGCAUGAGAGCACUGUGGAAAGCUGGGAUCCCGAAAGCAACACCUGGUCCUCGGUGGAGCGCAUGGCAGAAUGCCGAAGCACUCUUGGAGUGGUUGUUCUGGCUGGAGAGCUGUAUGCCCUGGGAGGCUAUGAUGGCCAGUACUACCUCCAAUCUGUGGAGAAAUAUGUGUCUAAACUGAAGGAAUGGCAGCCUGUGGCACCCAUGACAAAGUCCCGUAGCUGCUUUGCCACUGCUGUGCUAGAUGGAAUGGUUUAUGCUAUUGGAGGCUAUGGCCCAGCCCAUAUGAACAGUGUGGAGCGUUAUGACCCCAGUAAGGAUGCCUGGGAAAUGGUAGCCCCCAUGGCUGAUAAGAGGAUCAACUUUGGAGUAGGCGUCAUGCUUGGUUUCAUAUUCGUGGUGGGCGGACACAACGGAGUGUCGCACCUGUCCAGCAUUGAGAGGUAUGAUCCACAUCAAAACCAGUGGACAGCCUGUCGGCCCAUGAAUGAACCACGCACUGGUGUGGGCUCAGCCAUUGUGGAUAACUACCUCUAUGUGGUGGGAGGUCACUCUGGGUCAUCAUACCUAAACACUGUCCAGCGCUAUGACCCCAUCUCAGACAGCUGGUUGGACUCAAGUGGCAUGAUGUAUUGUCGUUGUAACUUUGGUCUAACUGCCCUUUGACCCAUGGCCCAGCUCAGCUAGGACCCAAUAAGAGAACGUAGACACAAAGACCUUUCUUUUUGUCGUCUUGUUGUCUACUUCUUCCCCACCUUCAUCUUCCAGAUGCAAAGGAGCACUGUACACCAACAAGAACAGAAGUGGAGAGAAAGCCAGCCAGCUGGGUGGAUGAAUGUGCUAGGCUGGUUAGAGGAGGACCACAGACAUUGUUGUGCAGUUGAAUGAAGGUGAUCAGAUGACAGUGAUUGCUACACAGCUGCUGGACCAUAAUGAGGACUCUGAGCCAUUUCCUAGAAGGAUCGUGGGAGAAUUUGUGUCACCUUUGUCUUUAAUGUUUUGUUACCUUAGCAAAUAUUGUUUUUUUUCUCCUCAUGCUGUUAAUCAUGUUUAACACUAAAUCUUUAUUUUCCUGCUGCAACCACAACCAUGUGUUUCAAGCUCCAUAUAAGGCCUGUGUGUUUGAUGCUGUGUGUGCGUGUGUUUCUGGAUGUCUGCUUCGGUUGUACGUGCAUGUCAAUGUCAGGUAAGAUUGUUUUGUUACGUUUCUGCGUAAAGAUCUGAUGCUCGGACUUAGCAACAAAGUUCUGCAUCAAAAUCAGUGCUUCACAGAGAAAAGCUAGAAACUUUAUACUUUCUUAAAAAGGGCUGCCUUUUUCUCUCUUGUAAAUAGUCUAAAUGAAAUAUAUAAAUAUGAAUAUAUCCUCUA